GUUUAUUAUCACUGGCAUGUGUCCUGAAAUUUGUUAACUUAUUAGCAGCAGCUCAAUGCAAUACAUAAUAUAGAAGUAAAAUAAAUAAAUUACUGUAUUUAUAUAUUGAAUAGAUUAAAAAUCGUGCAAAAACAGAAAUGAUAUAUAUUAAAAACAGGUUCACAGGUUCAAUGCCUAUUUAGGAAUCAGAUGGCAGAGGGGAAGAAGCUGUUCCUGAAUCGCUGAGUGUGUGCCUUCAGGCUUCUGUACCUCCUACCUGAUGGCAACAGUGAGAAAAGGGCAUGCCCUGGGUGCUGGGGGUCCUUAAUAAUGGAUACUGUAUUUCUGAGACACUGAUCUUUGAAGAUGUCCUGGGUACUUUGUAGGCUAGUACCCAAGAUGGAGCUGACUAGAUUUACAACCUGUGCAGGUUCUUUUGGUUCUGUGCAGUAGCUCCCCACCCCGCAAUACCAGACAGUGAUGCAGCCUGUCAGAAUGCUCUUCACAGUACAUCUAUAGAAUUUUUUGAGUGUUUUUGUUGACAUACCAAAUCUCUUCAAACUCCUAAUGAAAUAUAGUUGCUGUUAGGUCCCAACAUAUCUUGACGCCCAGCAAUUUGAAACUGCUCACUCUCUCCACUUCUGAUCCCUCUGUGAGGAUUGGUAUGUGUUCCUUCGUCUUACCCUACCUGAAGUCCACAAUUGGCUCUUUCAUCUUACUGACAUUGAGUGCAAGGUUGUUGCUUCAACACCACUCCACUAGUUGGCAUAUCUUGCUCCUUUAUGCUUUCUCAUCUUCAUCUGAGAUUCUACCAACAAUGGUUGUAUCAUCAGCUAAUUUAUAGAUGGUUUCUGAGCUCUGCCUAGCCACACAGUCAAGAGUAUAGCGAGAGUAGAGCAGUGGGCUAAGCACACACCCCUGAGGUGCACCAAUGUUGAUCAUCAGUGAGGAGGAGAUAUUAUCACCAAUCCACACAGAUUGUGGUCUUCCGGUUAGGAAGUCGAGGAUCCAAUUGCAGAGGGAGGUACAGAGGCCUAGGUUCUGUAGCUUCUCAAUCAGGAUUGUGGGAAUGAUAGUGUUAGAUGCUGAGCUAUAGUUGAUGAACAGCAUCCUGACAUUGGUGUUUGUGUUGUCCAGGUGGUCUAAGGCCACGUGAAGAGCCAUUGAGAUUGCAUCUGCAGUUGACCUAUUGUGGCAAUAGGCAAAUUGCGGUAGGUCCAGGUCCUUGCUGAGGCAGGAGUUCAGUUUAGUCAUGACCAACCUUUCAAAUCAUUUCAUUACUGUAGAUAUGAAUGCUACUGGGUGAUAGUCAUUAAGGCAGCCCACAUUCUUCUUCAAAGGUAUGAUUGUUGUAUUUUUGAAGCAAAUGGGAACUUCCGCCUGUAGCAGUGAGAAGUUAAAAAUGCCCUUGAACACUCCCAUCAGUUGAUUGGCACAGGUUUUCAGAGCCUUACCAGGUACUCUGUCAGGACCUUCUGCUCCCUUAGUUCUUGACUAUUCAAUCAAAGAAAAAUGUUUUUUUUUCUCUCCUUUCACUCUAUUAAUCUUAUUUAUCAGAUCUCCUCCCUCUUCCAAAGAGAAUAUAUCAACCUUCUCCCAUCUAUGCACUUAACCAAAGUCCCUAAUCCAUGGAAUCACCAUGGGAAAUCUUGUCUUCACCCUCUCCAAAUCCUCCACAGUCUGGCUAAACUGUAGAGCCCAGAGCUGGAAUAGUCUUUCAGUUGCAACUGAACUUACAGAUAUAAAAAAAAUCACCAUGACUCCCUUGCUUUUGUUUGUCCCAGCUUAGUUCACAAUCCCAGAUUCCUUAUUACAACUUUGUAAGCUUCCCCUGCCACUUUAGAUUGGUUUUGUUUGUCACAUGUGCAUUGAACCAUCAAAACGUACAGUGUUUUUAAUGUCAACAUUGUCUGAGGAUGUGCUGGGAGCUGACCUCAAGAGUCGCUGUGCUUCCAGCACCAAUACAGCAUACCCACAACCUACUAAUCCUUACUAACCUGUAUACCUUUGAAGUUUGGGAAGAAACUGGAGCACCAGAUCUCCCACAGAGUCACAGAGAGUAUGAACAAACCCCUCAUAGGAGUGCCCCAUUGCCCCAUUUGCUGGCACUGUAAACCAUUACUCUAGCCACUAGAGUACAGUGCUUCCAACAAACUAUGCCCAUACAGUUGCUAUGUGUGCUGCUUGGGUUUCCAGAUUCCCUCUUUUUUAUGCCUCCAUAUCUUCAGAUGUAUCAGUUCCUGCAGAGAAGGUGGUGCUGAAGCCAAGAUUGUCUCUGCCGUUAUACUGUAUUGAAUAGUGCAGAAGGCCGAGCUCUCUACUCCAGCUCACCUUUUAUUUUCUCCUCUAACAUACCUGCUCCUGUGUCCUAUGAUCUUAUACCACAUUGUAUUCUUUGAUAAGGGGGACUCUUAACCUCUCAAGCUAGCUCACGAUGGCUUUGCACCUCAUUGUCUGUCUGCACUGCAUUGUGUUAUUGCCUCCUCUUGUGCUACCCAGGUGCAAUGUUGUAAUGCAGUGAUCUGUAUGGCUGGCAUGUAAAACAAAUGCAUUCACUGUAACUCAGAAGUGAAUGACAUGAAUAAACCAGUUUACCAGGGAAAACAAAUCCCGCCUAUCACAUCUCUCUCCAUAACUGUAAUGCUGCAUCUCAGAUGCACCCUGAGACUCUCCAGCGUAAUUGUGUCUUUCCAAUAGUAUGGUGACCAGAACUUCACAUAGUUCUAUGGUUGCUGCUAAACCUAUGUUUAAUGCAAUCACCUCUCGGCUCAUGUAUUCUAUAGCCUGGCUAUUGAAGACCAGUUUCCUGUUUGCCUCUUCACUGGUUUAUAUACCUUAAGGAUAGAACUUCAAGAGUACGGCACAGGAACAGGGACCUCCACCAACAAUGUUGUGCCAACUAUUUAAGCAAACAGUGGCUAAUUAAAGUAUCCCUUCUGUCUGCACAUGGUCUGUGUCCCCUCAUUCUCUGCUUAUUCCUGUGUCUGUCUAACAGCCUCUUAAAUAUCUUUAUCUACUACCACUUCCAGCAGCACAUUCCAAUUGGAAUUUAUCAAUUUCCCAAUUUCCCAAAUGCAGCACUUCAUACUUCCCAUAUUAAUUUUCAUCUGCCACCGGUCAGUCCCAUUAGCUUGUCUACAUCUCCUUGACAUAUUUUACUGUCCUUUGAGUUCCAUGUUAUUUGCACAUUUGGUAAACGUGAUAUACACAUCAUUUUAAAUGUGUAGUGAUGGUCGAACACCUUCCCAAACACUUCGUCUCCCAGUUUCCUUGAACUCUGCCACUUUUCCAUGCAAGCUGCUCUUUUAUUCCACUUGCUUCGACCUUGAUCACUUGCGUGUUACGCCGCACUUUAUCGCCCCCCCAUUUAGAAGUCUAUAUAUGCCACGACCGUUUUUUCUUCUCCAGAAGCUCUGCCUCGUUCGUGUGAGGGGGAUUGGUUGGCGCCAUUCUGGCGAAUUAUUCCAUACCUAAAGUAGUAAAAUCGAAACGGAACGUAGGGUUGCAGCUACAGAGAAAGAACCAGAACAUGCAAAGGCCGUGGUUAGGUAGAUAGGGUGAGUGGUUGGGGAAUUUGGAGAAAUUAUCUUCAGCGUCUGGGAGAUCCGUUCAAAAGUCUGUUAACAGCGGGAUCGAAAUUGUCCUUGAGCCUGGCGUGCGUGCCAUCAGGCUUCUAUAUCCUUUACCGGAAGGGAGAGGGGAAAAGAAAGAAUGUCUGGGGUGGAAGGGGUCCUUAAGCGCGGUCGGAGUCGAUGGAGGGAAGACAGGUUUGUGUGAUGGAGCCGGGCAACUUGGAUAGAACAGUUGACUAACCAAUCUACGCAAACACGGGGAAAUCUGCAGAUGCUGGAAUUUCAAGCAACACAUAUAAAAGUUGCUGGUGAACGCAGCAGGCCAGGCAGCAUCUCUAGGAAGAGGUACAGUCGACGUUUCGGGCCGAGACUCUUCGUCCUGACUAACCAAUCUAUCUGUGUUGGCUUCCCCUAAUCAAUUCACACUUCCAAUUGACUGCAAACCCUGCCUCUCUGUUUCUAGGACUUGUCUCGGUGCCGAGGUUAGACCAGCGGUGGCCGGAAAAAUAUAAACAUGAGCAUUAAACAAAUUUGUCCCGACAACGGGUCAGCCGCUGAAAAGUGAUUCCUCCGUGUACUGCUCUCUCCAAACAUCUUCCUAAACUGUACCCGCCUGUUUUUUUUCGGGUCGCCCUCUUGGCGUUUGGCCAGAGUAGUUUUAAAAUUUGAAAAAGGUCGGCUCACCCAAUUCCUCCUAUACUGCCACCUCGGAGGUGCACGUUACGGUCGGAUAUUUCAAGUGCAAGUAAAGUGCGAUAAUCAAACAAGCGCAUGCUAAGUGUGGGAGGGGAAGAUUCCUGUCGGAAUCGGUCUCAGAUCUGUCCAGUGUUUGCCGAUUAGAAACUCCGCCGCUGGUGUCGGCUUCUCACAUUGUUCUGAGUUGGGAUUAUAUUUAACGAGCCCUCUCGGUCGCCGCACGCAAAUGCAAGGAAGCAGGCUGCAGAGCUGGAAGUGUUCCGUCCGAGACCCUCAUAAACCCGCAGAAGAGGGAGACCAAGCUACCCUCCCUUUAAAUGCGGGGUUCACUCUUUCUCAUGCGAAAUCAACAUCGGCUGUCGAGACCGAUGAUCUCAGAGGGGCUGUUAAGAGUUGCACUUUAACAAAAGCACCUUCCAUAUCCUUUUCUCUGUCCGUCGAUGAGUUAGCCCUAUCAACUGAUGACUUAAUAAACCCUUUGAAAAAUCCCUUGGCUGCUACGCCAUGUGACAGGAGGCGGACAGAUACUCAGUAUAUAUACGGGUUGAGGUGCCAGCAGUCCGCAAGAAACUCUUUUUGUCUGCAGAGUCGAUAAGACAGCCGACUUUAAUGAAGUGCAUUCGCCGGGAUAUAUAUUACGUUUUCCCUCGGUGUCAGAGAGCGGGACAAAUUGGUUUCAUUUAAACACCGUAGGUGAUUGCCUCUCACAAAGACCGAACCAGGACCUUCUACAUAUAAACAUGAAUAUAUUUUGUACCACGUUUAACGUGUGUUAGGAGGGAGGAGGAGGAACAUUUUUCAACUUGGUGACUUUUACACGCUGAGGACUUCUCCUGUUGACCCAAAACCCGAAACAAAAAACAACGGAAUGCUUUCUAACCGGACUUACACGCUGGGACGAGUGCUGGAGAAGGAAGUGGCGGCUGUGAAGGAACUGAGCAAGCCGGGAGUGCAACUGGUGUUGGCCCUGGUACUGUCGGCGGUGCUCGGACUGCUGGUUUGGAAGUGGCUGCAGCACCAGUUGCGGGAGUGGGACCGCCCAAGCCCUCCCGGCCCUUUCCCCUGGCCCGUGAUCGGCAACGCGGCUCAGCUCGGCGACCUUCCCCACAUCACCUUCAGCGGGAUGGCCCGGAGGUACGGUAACGUCUUCCGCCUGAAGCUCGGUAGCCGCACGGUGGUGGUGCUGAACGGCGAAGAUGUCAUCCGCCAGGCGUUGAUCCGGCAAGGCGGCGACUUUGCGGGACGUCCCAAUUUUACCUCCUUCAAGGUGGUGAGUGGCGGCCGGAGUUUAGCUUUUCGGAGCAACGGCCAGCUCUGGAAGUCGCACCGCAAGGUCGCCCACUCCACCGUCAGGGCUUUCUCUACCUUCAACUUAAACACCAAGACGAUGUUCGAGGGACACGUGGUGUGCGAGAUGCACCAGCUGAUCCGCCUUUUCCUCAACAGGAGCGGAGAGGGAGCUUUCUUUGACCCGUGGAGCGACCUGACCGUGGCCGUGGCCAAUAUCAUGAGUGCCGUUUGCUUCGGCAAGAGGUACAGCCACAGCGACGUUGAAUUCCGGGAGUUGCUGUCCAACAACGACCGCUUCGGGAAAACGGUAGGAGCGGGCAGCCUGGUGGAUGUCAUGCCCUGGCUCCAGUACUUCCCCAACCCGAUCCGCACCAUCUACAACGAUUUCAAGCAGAUUAACCGGGAGUUCUACCACUUCAUCCUGGAGAAGGCGAAAGAGCACCGUCUCACCUUCCGCCCGCAGCGGAUCCGCGACAUGCUGGACGCCUUUAUCCGGACAAUCGAUCACCAGCAGGGCACUGGGCUCAGCCCGCAGUACGUCGAGGCCAGUCUUACCGACAUCUUCGGGGCCAGUCAGGACACCCUGUCCACAGCCCUGCACUGGCUGAUCCUGCUCAUGGUAUCGAAGCCCGAGGUGCAGAGGAAGAUCCAAGAGGAGGUGGACCGGGUGGUGGGGAGGGAGCGCAUCCCUACCAUCCAGGACGAGCCACGUCUGCCCUACCUGGUGGCUUUUCUGUACGAGUCCCUGCGCUUCAGCAGUUUCGUGGCGCUCACCAUCCCUCACUCCACCACCAAGGACACGCUGCUCCACGGAUACCACAUCCCCAAGGACACGGUAGUUUUCGUCAACCAGUGGUCCGUCAACCAUGACCCCCAGAAGUGGCCGGAGCCGGAGCUCUUCGAUCCCACCAGGUUCCUGAACGAGGAUGGGAGCGUGAACAAGGACCUGACAAGCAGGGUGAUGAUCUUCUCCCUGGGCAAGAGAAGGUGCAUCGGCGAGGAGCUGUCGAAGAUGCAUCUCUUCCUCAGUAUCGCCUUGCUGACCCAUCAGUGCACCUUCAGCGCCAACCCCAAAGAGAAGCUGAUGCUGGACUUUACGUACGGCUUGACCUUAAAACCCAAGCCCUUCACCAUCAACGUGACCCUGCGGGACACAAUGGAACAUCUACAGGCGGCCGUGCAGAGAAUGGAACAAGCGGAGGACAAGCAAUGGCGAGUCACAACUAACCCUUUAUUUUGAAAACAUAACGUGAUUCUAAAGUAAGAAAUCUUGUCCGCGGUACUUGACACCUCUUCCGGUCGCUGGUUUUGGAUACUGGAGCGAAUCCAACCCACGGCGGAGAUCAGGCUGAAAUUCAGUUAUUUCUUUCCAGCCGGGUGUACGACGGAACUGACAGAAGCAUUCUGAGUGCAGGUUUAAAAAUGGAAAUUAUGUAGAAAUUAGUUUUGAUAAGUGUGUAUGUCACUGGCCCACUCUCAAUCCGAUUGACAAUACACUCUUUCCCAGCCUAACCGGGUGUUACCGAUAUUGGCUUGCCUGCCCCAGAGUUAUUAAUUUGAAAAAAAAGGCUCUGAACUUUCGAACGGCAGUGUUUGAGACUUGAUCAGAUAAUAACAGGCGCUGGACUCGGCAAAUGAUUGUGCAGGGGAACGUACUGCGGUACCUGUGUUGACAGGUAACUGGGUCUUUUUUUUGGGGGGGGGCAAUAUGACAAAUGGAGUGGUUACUACAAAUAUUCGUGGAGAGCAAUCUACACUGCCAGGACUGGAACAUUUCGCCUUCCUUCGUUACCCACAGCCGGUCUAACUCAAUUAUAUCGCUCCCGUGCUCCCUGGAAACGGUAGAGGAGCUAGACGCUGAAAUUGUAUCUGGCGUUGUGAUUGGGUUAAUUAGUGCCUCGGGGACAUCCCGUAUUUGUGCUGAGACGAGCCAUUUAUCUCGCACUGGCCUUACAGCAACUGGCUGGAGAGAUCCCGUCUUCACUUUCCAGAAGUUCUGCACUUUAUUUCAGGUUAAAAAAACCAGGAUUUCCAUAAGUUAAACAAUGAUUCCGAUAUAUCACUAUAUUUAGUCUCGAAAGUAUGUGAUUAAUCCUGUUCUGUGAGCCUGUAACGGCAGAGACAAAAGGGCAGGAAGAAGUCGGCUGGUGGUUCUGACAAGAGUAUCUGCGGAAACCUGUCACGCAGUCUCUCUAGCUGCAAGCACGCCAUAAGCUUUAUACUGUAGCUGGAAAAGGGAACUCUGUUGAUCUUCUAUAGACCUGUAAGCUCUAAUCGUUCGAAAUCAGUGUUAUAGAACUCUCUAAAGUUUUAGCGGAGAACUUGCCUCUAAGUUAUAAUUCAUUUGAUUACACACAGGCUUUAAAUGGUCAAUAAUCUGACCGGAAAAUACAUCUUAAGGCGUUACCUCUCGCUCUCUCUCUCUGCCUCUCUGUGUGUGUGUGUCUCUCUCUCUCUCUCUCUGUCUCUCUCUCUCUGUCUCUGAAUUUAAUCCAAUUCAUAUUGUUAUAAAUUCAACAAUUAAGCAAAACCUGUGGACUUGGAUUAGUGGUAAACAAAUGCCACAUGGUUAUCUUCACUAGAAUCACUGAUUGAUGUCAUCUCAGCUAUCCAGAGUUCAUGACAACUAAUACAAAUAGUUUUUAAUCAAUUUUUUUUAUGUCAUUUGGUAUAUGUUAGUAAGAUGUCAAUUGUCAGUCAGGAAACUGGAAGCAUUGAAUAGGAUAAUGAUGACGGCAUCCUGAAUUUUAUGAAACAAAAUCACUAAUUAAAGUAAAAUUGCAUCAGAAUAGCUGAGGACAAAACCACAAACUUUAUUUUAUUUGGCCUAUUAGAAGCCUGUUUGGUUGAUCAGAAUCAACAAAAAUCUUUGACCUAAUCAAACUUAAUACUGUAUGCCAUCUGAAAUAUAGUCAUAUUAAAAUGGAAUAAAUUUGCUGGCACAGUCAAGGUACAGUACAACACUCUAAGGGGUUCCCUCUCCAUCUCCCUCUCUUUUUCUGUCUGUCUGAUCUGCAAAAAGGAGAGAAAGACCAAGUUGCUUGUUGUCCUGACAGACAAACUGUAGUGAUGCAGUCAUCAGCCUCCACCUAAUUUUGAUGGGGGCAGUGGGAUGGGGAAAUAUUCAGUGUUGAUUAGAAUCUAUUGGCUUAUCAGAAAGUACAUGCACGUGGAUGUCAGACGAUGUUGGGGGGAGGAUUGCCGACCAUGUCUUCCCUAUUCCCAACCACCCACCCCACCAGUUUGAAUGACUGAAAAUCCCAAAUUAGCCUCAAAGACAAGAAAGGGUAAGUUUGUUCCACCUACUGUGAAACAGUUCUUCAGAUAUGAAUUCAUUACCCUCCAAUAGUCAGUGGAUUUGGAAGAAAAAAAGGAAAGGGGUGGGUUUCUGGACUGUAUGUACAUGUGUAAGAAGGGCACUGGUUAGUGUGUUAGAAUCCAUAUUAAUUAUGCUUAGAGGAAGGAGUGAACAUUAAGCCUUUAUUGCACAGGUAAGCAAAAACAAAUUGCAAACCUUUUCCCAACAACAUUUACAGAUUGCAGUUAAAUAAAUUCCACUCAGUAAAAUAAUCCACUUUUAGGAAACACUAUAUUAUGCACAUACUGUGUAAACAUCAUUAAUAACUUUCUCCAUGUACCUUGUUUAAUUAAUGCACAUUAAUUUCUGUUCUGAGAGAAAUGGCUUAGCUGCAAGAAGCUAGAUCUAGUUGCAGAUUAAACUUUAUAAGUGAAUUUUGACAGUGUCGUUUUUUUGACAUGCCUUUCCCUGUCAUAUAAAGCUCUAUUGCUUCAUGUCUAGAUGUGUGCCUCACCAGUCACCACUUACACUUGCAUUGUUGGAAGGAUCAAUGAUUACAGAUUAUUGUUCGUUUGCUUCACCCCUAAAUAUCAUAUUUGCAGAUGCCAUAUUUAUUAGCAUAAGUAAAGCAGAAAAUGAAAAUAAUAUUAAGGUUGAAUUAGUAAAUAUUACUUUUGAAGUGUUAAAAAUCAGGUAGCUUGUCAAGUGAUUGCUACAUGGUCUCUGCAGUUAUUGAACAACCUUUUCUAAUUGAUUAUUCUCAUAAUUUCAGAAUAUUCGCAUGUCAAAGCAACAGCAACAUAGCUACUUGCAGAUGUGUGAUUAUAAUAUCUGUCGUAACAAGUUUCCUGUAUGUCAAAUAAGAGAUAUUAAAAUGAUAAUUUAUCUUUGGGAAACUAGGCAGUUCAUGAGAGAUUAGAGGAGGUGCAAGUGUUUGCAGUGUGUGCACAAGCAGCUCAGGGCAAGCACACGGUUUGAUGAAAAUUCUUGCCAAAUGACCUUUCAGAACCUUUCAAACCAUUACUGCCUGUCAAACCACACUGCUGACAACUAUACCCUGAAGAUGAGUACUGUUAUUUCCCUGAACAUACAGAAAUCUCAGGUGUCUGCCAUUUCUGUGGACUCCUCAGACUUAGUCUGUAUCUGUGAAUUGAUGUCAGAUAGGGAUAAGUUAUUUUCUUACAUAUGUGUUGAUCAAAACAAGUUUAUACUCCAUUCUUUUGUCCCUACUGAUUUUAAAUCUGAUUGAUCUUUCAGACAAAAUAGGAAAUAUAAUUAUAUAUUUAUGUAUGAGAAAACACAUAUAAUAAAUCAUAUUUAAGAUAUGUAUUUUCAUAUUGUCUUAUAAGCUUUAACACAUUUAGAAGGAUGCUAUUCCUUUUAUUUUCAAUAUCAACAAUUUAACUUGCAUUAUCAGCAUUUUUGUCCCUUGAUUAUAUGUGUAUAUCAUAAAAUACCUAUUGUAAUCAAAGCCUGUGAUUGUUAAAAACACUGUAAAAGAUAAAGAAUUUUAUAAAUUGAAACUUUCCUGUUCCUACUUUAAAUUUUAACCAAUUUAUGCAUAUUUCAAAUGUAUUCAGUAUACCUGCAAAUUAUGAAUUGUGUAUUUUGAAAAACCAGACUAGUGCACUUUGAAUAUGUUGUAAUUAAAGUAGCAAAUCAGUACUGA